AUGUUCCAAGUGCCGCUGCCCUUGGAUCGGGACGGGACACUCUUCCGGCUCCGCUUCACCACCUUGGCUGUUGGGACGGUGUGCUGCCCGCUGUGCGGAUUCCUCUUCUGCGUGCUUUGGUCCCUGUUCUUUCAUUUUGAGGAAGCCACCGCCACCCACUGCGACGUCUCCAACUACCUCCCUUCCAUCAGCGCCGCCAUUGGUGGGGCGACCCCCGAGCGCUACGUGUGGCGGUUCUGCAUCGGGGUGCACUCGGCCCCCCGCUUCCUGGUGGCCAUCGUCUACAGGAACCAUUACCGCGGCUGCCACUGCCCACGCCCCAGCUACCUGUGGCUGUGCAACGUGGCCUUCGCACUGAACCUGAUGGAGAACGUCGCCCUCCUGCUCCUGACCUACAUCUCCUCCUCAGAAAACCACUUGGUUCAUAAGAGCGCCUUCAUCUUCUUCAUUGUCACCGCCAUCAGUUACAUGUUCUUGACCUGCGUUUUGUGGCGGAUGACGAAGAAGCACACAGUAAGUCCGGAGGAGCGGAAGUCCUACAAGUGGAAGCUGUGGCUCUUCCUCGUCAACCUGUUCACCUUCCUGGUGGCUGUGUGCUUCUACUUCCGGCACAACUGGUACUGCGAGCCCGGAGUUUACACGAUCUUUGCCUUCCUGGAGUACCUGGUGGUCCUCUCCAACAUGGCGUUCCACAUGACUGCCUGGUGGGACUUCGGCAACAAGGAGCUGGUGGUCAGUUCCCAGCUGGAGGACAAGCGUUUCUAGCCGGGGCCUCGCCUGGACUCCCAGCUGGCACGCUCAGA